AAAAUUUAUCUAUUACUAUCAAUUCAGUGGUUGGAAAAUGCCACGUCUCAAGCCAACGACAAAAAUCGAUGUCAUUGGUAAUUUGGAUUUGAGUCCAGAGAAGGCUGUUGGCGACUAUAUCGAAUCAAAGCAACAGAAUGCAUAUUUUGUCAAACCGCCAAAUUGGGAUUCAGCAGGCGAUUCCAUUGAGCUGCUCUACAUACGCAAUGAGCGCGAACAUUCGGUCAUGUUGCGUCUGCAGGAUGAAAUGCUGGAGAAUUCUAAACGCCAAGCAGCCAACAAUGCCAGUCGCAUACGCAAACUCUACAAGAUACAAGCAAAUUUGCGUAAACGCUUUAUAGAAGUGAAUAGUUUUAUCAAAGAUUGCGAUGAUAAGAAACGCGUUGCGGAGAAGAAAGUGGCCGAGGAGACAGCAUUGCAUGCGGAGCUGGCAGAAAAUAUACAAAAGUUUAAGCGCGCUAUAGCGGAGCUAAAUGAGUUUCGUGAAGUGCUCAAGGCCACUGUAGACGAGUUGGAGCCGUAUGAGACUGUUAUACAGGAAGUAGUGGAGAAGUCAGAGAUAUUUGAUUCGGUGAAAGAUUGCAUGGAUCGUUGUGAUGCAUUGAUGUUGGCACAAGUAGAGAUAUCGCGCUUGGAGCAGGAGAAAUUUCUUGAAAUCGAAGAGAUGCGCAAACGAAUGGUAAAUGUGACCAAUGAGGCAGCGCUUACCGUACUGGGUUUGAAGAACGAUUUGGCUGAGCUGGAGCGUUCAUAUAAUACAGCGCGUAGCGAAUGUCUGCACUGGGAGCGUAUUUUGGCGAACGCCAAAGAUUGUGUGGCAGCGAAUGAGCUGAAUAAGGAUCGGGCAUUGGAUGGCAUACGCGAUAUUUAUCGGAUGUUACGACGCCGACAAGGUCGUGAUCCGGUUUACCAACGCCACGAAGUUGAAAAAGAGUUGGAUUUCAUCAAAGACGAGAUCGAGCUGCUGAAGGAAGUGGUAAAAGAAUGCAAUAAGACAGUUGCUGCCAGCGCUAAACCAGGAUUUGUCGAGAAGGUCGAAGGAAAAUGCUAAUAGUUUAAAUUUUAUAUGA